AGACGUUAGUUCUGAGGAAAUUCUACUGCCGGGUUCGAUUUGUCUCUCAUUUUCCAAAAAUAUAUGUUUAUUUGUUAGUAGUUUCUCCGAAUUCAUUCUCUCCUUGAAUCUCCCAUCAACUUUCAAAGUCCAUUUGUCACUAUCUACACUGAAUCUUCUUUCCCUUCCGAAUCCCAACCUUUUAGUUUCACUGUUCAUUUCCUGUUUUCAAACUGCUUCAAAAAUUCUGUUAAUUUAUUAUUCAGUACUGAAUCUUCGAUGCCCAUUUCAUUAAAGAUCUCAACUUUAUUUCAAAAUCUUCAAUACCCAGUUCCUCAAAUUUCUUAAAUUUCAUUCUCUGCCACCCCAUCUGGAAAUCUGCAAAUGGGAGUGAAGCUGAUACGGUGGCCGUCGUGGCCACCACUGUCGUCGAAGAAAUUCGAAGCAAUAAUUGUUGUCCGCCGGCUUGAAGGAUUAAGUUUAGCUCAAGAUAUGGGAGAGAAGUCACUGAUGAUGUGUGAGAUCAAGUGGAAAGGUCAGAAGGUAGCUUUGAGGUCACUGAGGCGACAUGGGAAGAGACAUCUCACCAAAGAAGUGGGCGUUGGAGAUGGUGGGGUUGUGGAAUGGAACGAAACGUUUCGGAGUGUGUGUAAUUUCUCGGCCGAGAAGGAGGGUGUGUUUAGUCCAUGGGAGGUUUCAUUUACAGUGCUUCUCUCUGGUAUGAAUGAAGGGUCCAAAAACAGGGUUACUGUUGCUGGAACUGCAUCACUGAACUUAGCAGAAUAUGCUUCUACCGCUGACGGACAAGGGAUUCGAAUCAAUUUUUCCAUCAAAGUACCUGUUAGGAUUACUGACUGUAGUCCCUCACUUUGUUUAUCUCUCAAUUUAUUGGAAUUAAUAACUGUUCAAGAACCUUCAGAGGUAGUGCAUAAAUCAAUAGUGUGCCUUGCACUGUCGCCCUGUUAUUCGGAAGCUCACCCAACUGAGAAAAAUGAGUUGUCUGCCCUUAAAGCUGGUCUAAAAAAAGUGAAAUCCUUUGCAGAUUAUGUGUCGAUUGGAAGAGCAAAGAAGGCAAGCCGUGAAGGAGAGAGCAGUGAUGGCAGGUGCUCUGACAGAAGCGUGGAUCUUGAAUUCAAUUAUCCCUUUGACACAGAUUCACUUGAAGGUGAUGAUAUCGAGGGGCAAUCAAAGGAGGAUGAUUCUAGCAUUAGGCAACCGUUCAGUUAUGAAACAUUGGCCUCUGCAAACUGUGCCAAAGGAUUAUCAUAUUCCAAUACAAUAAACAAUGGUCAUGAUGAAUGUUGGAUCUACUAUAAUAACUGUAAAUUCUACAAUAUUGAGAAUUUACAUGCAUCUCUCUCUGAGCAGAUCCUGCAGCGAAAUUUGAAGUUUAAUAUCCUUUCUUGGAAGAAAAGGAAACUAAGCUUCAAGUCUCCUAAACCCAAAGGGGAACCUCUUCUGAAGAAACAUUACGGCGAAGAGGGUGGGGAUGAUAUUGAUUAUGAUCGUAGGCAGCUUAGCUCCUCUGAUGAGUCUAGCCUUGGGCGGCACAGGGCUGAAGAAGGUUUCAACACUAGAUUGUCAAUAUCUGAAUUUGGGGAUGACAAAUUUGCUGUAGGUAGUUGGGAGUGUAAGGAAGUAACCAGCCGUGAUGGACAAUUGAAGCUCCAAACUCAAGUAUUUUUUGCUUCAAUUGAUCAAAGGAACGAACGUGCUGCUGGAGAGAGUGCAUGUACAGCUCUGGUUGCAGUUAUUGCUAAUUGGUUGCAUUCCAACCAAGAUGAGAUGCCCACCAAGUCUGAAUUUGACAAGCUGAUUAGAGAUGGAUCAUUAGAAUGGAGAAAUCUUUGCAAGAACGAUGUCUACAUAGAACAAUUCCCUGACAAACACUUUGAUCUCGAGACUAUUCUCCAAGCUAAAAUUUGUCCUGUUUCUGUUGAUCCAGAAAAAUCCUUUGUUGGAUUCUUUCAUCCAGAAGGAUUGGAAGAGGGUGGUUUUGACUUUCUUCAUGGUGCCAUGUCCUUUGACAGCAUAUGGGAUGAGAUCAGCCUUUCUGCAUCAGACUGCCCAAGCAAUGGUGAGCCUUUUGUCUACAUUGUAUGUUGGAAUGAUCACUUCUUUAUCCUGAAGGUCGAGGAGAAUGCUUACUAUAUCAUCGACACUUUGGGGGAGAGACUCUAUGAAGGAUGCAACCAGGCAUAUGUCCUGAAAUUUGAUAAAGACACAAUAAUUACAAAAUUAUUGAAUGAGGGUCAAGCAUCAGAUGAAAAGCCUGCCAAUGCCAGUGAUAAGAUGCAACCUAAAAGCUACGAGAAAACCUCAGGUGAGGAGACUGUGGUAGUCCAGUCUAAUGAGUCAUCUGAUGAAAACAGUGAGAGUGAAAAUAUUGUAUGUAGAGGGAAGGAAUCAUGCAAGGAGUAUAUUAAGAGCUUGGCUGCAAUUCCCAUACGGGAAUUAGAGGCUGAUACCAAGAAGGGGCUGAUGGCUUCUGCCUCUUUUCCUCACAGGCUACAAAUUGAGUUCCAUUAUACCCGGUUCUUGCAGCCGAUGGUUGAAUCUCCAGUUGCAGAAACAACAAUGGUUGAUCCGCCAACAAUAGCAUUGGUAGUUGCAUAGGUGACUGGGAUAGAGCUCUAUAAAUUGCAGAAAUUGUUAUUAUGCUAACCAUGUAUUUUGCCUGGUUUCUUGUGUUGUGUGUUUAGGCUAACGGUUUAAAAAAAGAAAAGUCCUCUCUUUUUAUUCCCUUUUUGUUCUUUCUAGUGUUGCUUUCAGUUCUAAUUGUAAAGCGAGGAAAUGGAAGCAUCUCUUUUUACGCUUUUUGGAGUUGUGGCUAUUUUUUCUUGUAAAUGACUUUUUAUUCAUAUUGCUAAUAUUUCUAUUUAAUUAGUUACAUUUCCUUGAUUUUUUUAACUUUGACCCUAUAGCCCUUAUUCAAUUCUUUCUUCGGUCAAUAAUCACAUAUCCAUAGCUCUACCUAUCCACGUUGGGGGGGCAUGUUUGCCUUGUACAGGUUCAGAGAGUUUGCCCUUUAAAGGUGUAGAUGCAAGAUGUUACCAUUCUUCAAAAUCCAACAUAUUAUAUUUGUUGUUUAUGAGUUGAAUGUCAAACAAAAAUUUAUUUAAAGUAUGGUUAUGAAUAUGAAGAUCUCAAUUCCUUGACAGUGUAAA